AUGAAUUCACUGGAAAUGAAUACCCAUUACUUAAAUCCGCACCAAAUGAACGACAUAUCGAAAGCCCGGAGCGACUCCGAGCGUAGUAUCGGCGCUCUGAACCUAUCCGUCCGUAAUAUACCCAAAGUUAACCUAAAGCUCGACAAAUUGAGUUUCAACGGUCGCGCCGACACCACCGCCACCACACCCACGGUCACCACGACAGUGACAGAGCCGGCCGACCCGCCGCACAGCCCUUCCCCACCAAACUAUUACGACGUGAAUCGGAUUGUCAUCGAAAGGAGCCGUAAGAGGGCUGAGAUCAUGGAGCUCCUCUGUGUGUUUGACGCUCGGGUCUCGCGGGCUGUCGUAUGGCUGCGGCACCUGCCGUACCAUCGGCACAACUCACGCGUGUGCUUCCCGAUGGCCGAAGUCAUAUCGCAUCGGAUACCCAUCGGAUGGUACGAAGGCUUCUAUCUCUACCUAUACAUGGGUUCCAUACUGUUCCUCAUAUUCGUCUACCUAUUCCUACUGCACCGGCACCACAACAAACCCAUGGGCCGACUGCAGCGGUUCCUACAGCGGAUGCUACCGAAGCGCUACCACUCGGCCGCCCAGGAGUCGGACUCCGAGAACGGCGCCAAGACGUCGGACUCCGGGUCGGACGAGUACGCGCUGGAAGGCCUACCGGCCGGCCAGUGCGGCUCGUUCUACCUGAGGGCCGGUGCCGUGGCCUUUGGCAUCGGAUCCAUGAUCUACUCAGGCCUCGAGUUCGCCCAGUUUUUUGAGCUCGAGUCCAAAGAGCAUUGCUAUAACUUUCUGUACGGCUUUACACCCGGGUCUCACGUGGCCUUCACGUUCAUACAGCUAUACUUCAUUUUCAUGAACUCCCGGGUCCUCAUAGGCAAACACAAGCUAAUUGCCCGUUUCGGACUCAUGCAUAUGAUAGCCACCAAUAUCUGCGUUUGGCUCCAUGUGCUCAUCCAGGAGACCAAACACCAGAUCAUGAUUAUAGUGAACCCCAAUACCACAGAACUCUUCCAAAUGACCGACUUUUCCAUCGCUUGGGAACACGUGGACGAUGUGGUCGAAGAGAUCUCCGAAGACUAUCUCGAGUCCAUUGGGCCGUCCUAUCCGUCCGGACUGCAGGCCAACCACCAGCUCGUGAAGCGAAGUCUGGCCGACCACUCCAUACACACGACACACGGCGAGUGUAGGCGCUCUAACGUGAUCGGCGACCUCGUGAGGGACGCCUCGCAGUUCCUGUUCCCCUGCACUAUAGAGUAUAGUCUCAUUUGUGCCGCUAUUCUGUACAUCAUGUGGAAAGAUGUUGAGGACAGGCAUAAUUCACAACAACGGCAUUCAAUGAGUAGUACGACAGUCGUGCACACAAUACACCACAAACACCACUACCAGGUGGACUGCGCUAAAGCACACAAAGGCCUAUUCACCGGAAUAUUCUUGUUAGUGAUUAGUAUCAUAUCAUUGAUACUAUUCUUUGUGUUCAUAAAGAAACCCCAAUUCCGGCACUUGGCUGUACUCCAGGCCCACAUCAUCGAGCUAUUCAUAUAUUGCAUUAACGCCAUCGCGUGCCUUAUAGCCUUAUUCCAGGUGCGACAAUUGCCUUAUAAUCGGCACCGGAAUGUCGAGUUGGAUAACAUACUGUUGAUUGUGGCACAGAUAGGGCUCUAUAUAUUCACGAUGUUCUCGAUAAUCGGGGCCCAAUUCUUUACGUUGCAACAAAAUACCCGGCUGGUCAUGAUCAACGCACUGGCCUGUCUGAUCCAGGCCACCCUACAAACUAUUUUCAUAUUAGAUGCCUCCCAUAGGUUCGCCGCCACCAGUGAACAGUAUAAUCGGUUCGCCGCCACCAGUGAACAGAUGCGCCGUAAGCCGGGUCGUGAAAUGGUCACCUUCCUGUUGGUCUGCAACUUCGCCAUGUGGUCCAUCAAUACGCUGGAAACUAGACGGGCCGACUCUAACCCUGUUCAAAUGCACUUCUACGGGUUCUGGGCGUGGACUAUCAUCACGCACGUGACAAUGCCGCUCACUAUCUUCUAUCGGUUCCACUCGACGGUCUGUUUGUGCGAUAUAUGGAAGAGAACUUAUAAGACGAAGAGU